UCAAACGUGAAAUGUCAUAUAGGUUAUGGUUAGAAAGUUUAUACUGUACCUUACAGAAUGUCAAUAAGUUUAGAUAUUAAAUUAAAACGGGCGGAUAAAAUAUACCAUGAAAAUGAAAAUGUAUCUGGUGUUAUCUCCAUAUCCUCGAAUUCUGACUUUAAACAUGAAGGAAUAACGUUAACAAUGGAAGGUAUAGUGAAUUUACAAGUAAGCUCAAAAAAUGUGGGAAUAAUAGAAGCAUUUUAUAAUUCCGUCAAGCCGAUUCAGUUAAUUAAUACCACAUGUGAAGUCAAAGGAUCUGAUAGACUGCCAUCAGGAGUAACAGAGAUCCCUUUUGAAAUCCCACUGAAACCGAAAUCAAAUCGGGUAUUGUAUGAAACAUAUCAUGGGGUCUAUGUCAACAUAAGUUACGGUUUAAGAUGUGAUAUUAAACGAUCAUUUCUUUCAAAGGACUUACAGAAAUGUCAACAGUUUCUUGUCCAAUAUAGACCAGGUUACAAUCCCAGUCCGGAAAUUUUAUUAAAAAAGAGUCAAACUCCAGUACAUUUUGAACUGACCCCAGCAAAGUUAGCUUCUGGUGCUUCAGGAGCUCCAGAAUUUCUUUUAAAGGGGGAAUUGGAUACUGUGUAUUGUAAUAUUACAAAACCGUUUAAGGGAAAGUUGAUUCUAGUUCGUUGUGCUGUACCAGUACGGUCCAUAGAGCUGCAGCUUGUAAGGGUUGAAACGUGUGGAUGCGCCGAAGGAUAUGCACGAGAAGCAACCGAGAUACAGAACAUUCAGAUAGGGGAUGGAGAUGUUCCAAAAAAUAUUCCGAUACCAAUUUAUAUGAUUUUUCCAAGGCUCUUCACUUGCCCUACUUUAAUUACAAAUAAUUUUAAAAUAGAGUUCGAGGUGAACAUCGUAGUGGUAUUUGAAAAUGAGCAUUUAAUAACGAAUAAUUUCCCUGUAAUACUAGUUAGACAAUAAUUAUUUUAAUAUUAUAUAUUUUAUACUGUUUAAUAAAAGCUACAUUAUUA